AUGACUCAACACCUUAGGAUACCAACCAGCAGUCAAGCAGCUGUUAUGAAUGAUCUGAUCGGUAGUCAAGGAGAUGGAAGAAGAAGAAGAGAAACUGGAAGAAUGGGUGGUGAUGGUGGACAGUGUGUCGAAGGGUAUUUGGUGGAAGACAUGAAAGAAGUGGGUGCUGGUAUAAGGACUGGACUUGGGGUACCUCGAAGGGCACAAGAUGAAUAG